AUGGCUGAAGCUGCGGAGCCUAAAGCAUUGCCUGAGGCAGAGAAGAAGAAGGAGCAGACUUUGCCCUUUUACAAGCUCUUCUCGUUUGCUGACAAGUGUGAUUGGAUGCUCAUGAUCUCUGGCAGCUUGGGAGCCAUUGUUCAUGGCUCAUCAAUGCCAGUUUUCUUCCUCCUCUUUGGUGAAAUGGUUAAUGGCUUUGGCAAAAACCAAAUGGACUUGAAGAAAAUGACAGAAGAAGUAUCAAAGUAUGCUCUCUAUUUCGUGUACCUUGGCCUUGUCGUUUGCAUAUCAUCCUAUGCAGAAAUUGCAUGCUGGAUGUACACUGGGGAGAGGCAAGUGAGCACACUGAGAAAGAAGUACUUGGAAGCAGUGCUUAAACAGGACGUUGGUUUCUUUGACACGGAUGCAAGAACAGGAGAUAUUGUUUUCAGUGUCUCCACAGAUACACUACUAGUUCAAGAUGCUAUAAGCGAGAAGGUGGGGAACUUCAUACACUAUCUAUCAACGUUUCUGGCGGGUCUAGUGGUUGGUUUCGUGUCAGCAUGGAGGCUUGCACUUCUGAGUGUUGCAGUGAUUCCUGGGAUUGCUUUUGCUGGUGGAUUGUAUGCUUACACACUCACUGGCCUCACAUCAAAGAGUCGUGAAUCUUAUGCAAAUGCAGGAAUAAUAGCUGAGCAGUACAUGGAGCGCAUGCUCUUCUUUCAUAUGAAUUUGCGCCUUGUUUCAAGUUCAGUGGUUGUUUUAGCGUGUGAUAAUGAUGUCAUGUCGUGUGGAGCACUCAUGAAAGCCAUUGCUCAAGUUAGAACUGUUUACUCUUAUGUCGGUGAGAGCAAGGCACUGAAUUCUUAUUCUGAUGCAAUACAAAACACUCUAAAACUUGGAUACAAGGCAGGAAUGGCCAAAGGUUUAGGCCUAGGAUGCACAUAUGGAAUAGCAUGCAUGUCUUGGGCACUGGUUUUCUGGUAUGCUGGAGUUUUCAUCAGGAAUGGACAAACAGAUGGAGGCAAGGCAUUCACGGCUAUUUUCUCAGCCAUUGUUGGUGGCAUGAGUUUGGGACAGUCCUUUUCCAAUUUAGGUGCUUUCAGCAAAGGCAAAGCAGCAGGAUACAAAUUGAUGGAGAUCAUCAAACAGAAACCCACCAUAGUGGAAGAUCCAUCAGAAGGGAAGUGCCUAGCUGAGGUUAAUGGCAACAUUGAAUUUAAGGAUGUUACUUUCAGCUACCCUUCGAGGCCGGAUGUGUAUAUCUUUCGCAGUUUCUCAAUCUUUUUUCCUGCUGGAAAAACUGUUGCGGUUGUUGGUGGCAGUGGAUCUGGAAAGAGCACAGUUGUGUCCUUGAUAGAAAGGUUCUAUGAUCCAAAUGAAGCAGGUCAGGUUCUGCUGGAUAACGUGGACAUCAAGACUCUACAACUAAAAUGGUUACGUGAUCAAAUUGGGUUGGUGAAUCAAGAACCUGCUCUCUUUGCAACUACCAUUCUUGAGAAUAUACUCUAUGGAAAACCUGAUGCAACAAUGGCUGAAGUGGAAGCUGCUACUUCUGCUGCAAAUGCUCAUAGUUUUAUCACCUUGCUUCCUAAUGGCUAUAACACUCAGGUAGGAGAGCGAGGAGUUCAAUUGUCUGGGGGCCAAAAGCAGAGAAUUGCAAUUGCCAGAGCCAUGUUGAAGAACCCAAAGAUCCUUCUAUUAGAUGAAGCAACUAGUGCUCUUGAUGCAGGGUCUGAAAGCAUAGUUCAAGAGGCACUAGACAGGCUCAUGGUUGGAAGAACAACUGUGGUUGUUGCACAUCGGCUGUCAACCAUAAGGAAUGUUGAUACCAUUGCAGUUAUACAACAAGGACAAGUUGUUGAGACAGGCACACAUGAAGAACUCAUUGCCAAGGCAGGCACAUAUGCUUCACUCAUUCGGUUCCAAGAAAUGGUUGGAAAUAGAGACUUCUCUAACCCAUCAACUCGUCGGACUCGGUCAUCACGAUUGAGCCAUUCAUUGUCAACGAAGUCCUUGAGCCUCAGGUCUGGAAGCCUGAGGAACUUGAGCUACCAGUAUAGCACUGGCGCCGAUGGUCGUAUUGAGAUGAUAUCAAAUGCUGAAACAGAUAAGAAAAAUCCUGCUCCAGAUGGAUAUUUCUUCAGGUUGCUCAAGUUGAAUGCUCCUGAGUGGCCUUACUCAAUCAUGGGAGCUGUUGGUUCUGUUCUUUCUGGAUUCAUUGGCCCAACUUUUGCAAUUGUUAUGAGCAACAUGAUUGAGGUCUUUUACUUUAGAAAUUAUGCUUCCAUGGAGAGGAAGACUAAGGAAUAUGUCUUCAUUUACAUUGGUGCCGGUCUCUAUGCAGUUGGUGCAUACUUGAUACAACAUUACUUCUUUAGUAUCAUGGGAGAAAACCUCACCACAAGGGUCAGAAGAAUGAUGCUUGCCGCUAUUUUGAGGAAUGAAGUUGGAUGGUUCGAUGAGGAGGAGCACAACUCAAGCCUUGUUGCAGCUCGCCUUGCCACUGAUGCAGCUGAUGUCAAGUCUGCAAUUGCUGAGAGGAUAUCAGUGAUUUUGCAGAACAUGACAUCUCUCCUUACUUCUUUUAUAGUUGCUUUCAUAGUGGAAUGGAGGGUUUCCUUGCUCAUCUUGGCAACCUUCCCUCUCCUUGUGCUAGCCAAUUUUGCUCAGAUAUAUAUUGUGGUGGGGCCAGAGCUCCCCACCCGUGAUCGGUUCCAGUCUUUUUCAGGUCCUAGACAUGUGACUUGGUUUACGUUGGACUUUAUGCUGCUGUUUGAUUCAGUGCUAAUGUUUCUCUGUGUAUUGAUUCUGCAGCAACUAUCUCUGAAAGGGUUUGCUGGAGACACGGCCAAGGCUCAUGCAAAGACGAGUAUGAUAGCAGGAGAGGGAGUGAGCAACAUCAGAACAGUUGCAGCAUUCAAUGCUCAAACCAAGAUGUUAUCUGUGUUCUGCAAUGAGCUUCGUGUGCCUCAGCGCCAGAGUCUACGCCGGAGCCUCACAUCCGGUUUCUUGUUCGGCCUCUCCCAGCUUGCCCUCUAUGCCUCGGAGGCUCUCAUUCUAUGGUAUGGUGCACACUUGGUGAGCAAAGGUGCUUCAACCUUCUCGAAGGUCAUCAAGGUGUUUGUGGUUCUUGUGAUCACCGCGAAUUCAGUGGCAGAAACCGUCAGCCUCGCGCCGGAGAUAAUCCGCGGCGGUGAGGCCGUUGGUUCAGUGUUCUCAAUCCUUGAUCGCUCUACAAGGAUUGACCCUGAUGAUCCUGAUGCUGAGCCAGUGGAAUCGCUUCGCGGGGAGAUUGAGCUGAGGCAUGUUGAUUUUGCAUACCCUUCAAGGCCUGAUGUGAUGGUGUUCAAGGAUUUGAAUCUGAGGAUCCGGGCAGGGCAGAGCCAAGCACUUGUGGGGGCAAGUGGAUCAGGAAAGAGUUCUGUGAUUGCAUUAAUAGAGAGAUUCUAUGACCCUAUUGCUGGGAAAGUAAUGGUGGAUGGGAAGGACAUAAGGAAGUUGAACCUGAAGUCUUUGAGGCUGAAGAUAGGGUUGGUGCAGCAAGAGCCAGCACUUUUUGCAGCAAGCAUUUUUGAGAACAUUGCAUAUGGGAAAGAUGGUGCAACUGAGGCUGAGGUUAUAGAGGCUGCACGUGCAGCCAAUGUGCAUGGAUUUGUGAGUGGUUUGCCUGAAGGUUACAAGACACCUGUUGGUGAGAGAGGAGUGCAACUUUCUGGAGGGCAGAAGCAAAGGAUUGCUAUUGCUAGGGCAGUGCUUAAGGACCCUACAAUUCUUCUGCUGGAUGAGGCCACGAGUGCCCUAGAUGCUGAGUCUGAGUGUGUGCUACAAGAAGCCUUGGAGAGGCUAAUGAGGGGUCGCACCACAGUGCUUGUGGCUCAUCGUUUGUCAACCAUUAGAGGAGUGGAUUGCAUCGGAGUUGUUCAAGAUGGACGCAUUGUGGAGCAAGAUGUAGAUAUGUGGGAUAUGAUGAGAGGUGUGGAUCCAACAGCCAUAUCUUUGGUGUUAAAGCCUCAUAAAUAUUUGAUUGGUAAAGGACAAAUGGCUUUCAUGGAUAUUCUAUUGUGCUGCAUAAGUGUCUGGUUAAAGCCUGUUAUUUGUUGGGCUAACGUGAGCUUUGGAAAUUUGGGCUUGGGAGUGUCACUAAUUACUGUCGAGAUUUAUGCAGUGAUUGUGGAUGACCCAAGGAAAGGAAGCAUGGAACGAAAAGCAUCGAAUCGACGAUAUUUCAUUGGGGAAGGAAGAAUCACAAAGCUUUUGGUCAACGAUGAUAAUGAUUUUUAUGGAGUUGAAGAGUAA